AUGGCGGUGUACGGCAAGCCAGUGGUCUACAGUGUGGUGCAGCUAGUUUUACUUCUACCUUGUUUACUUGGAUUUAAUUUGGACACACGGAUACCUGUGAUUAAAAAUGGACCGCAGCUUAACAGUUUAUUUGGAUAUUCUGUCGCUGAACAUCAAAUUUAUAACGUUGACGACGGAUCGGUCGCUGAGAACUUAUUUUUGGUCGGCGCUCCCAAAGCAGAUGUGGAUGCCCAGAGAUAUACCCAACAGAAAGACCUGGUGGUCACUACUGUGACUGGGUUUGGCAGCCUUUAUAAGUGCAGGUUAUCCACCAACCCAGACGACUGCGAAAGGUUAAAACUUGGGGAGGAAAUCUAUCAAGACACGGAUCGUGUGAAGGAGAAUGUCACGGAUCAGUGGUUAGGUGUAGUCGUCAACAGUGAAGGACCAGAGAACAAAAUUAUUACAUGUGCCCAUCGGUACAAAAAACACCGUACUGCUUCUCAGCGCACAAACUGGGGUUUCGGUAAAUGUCACACCUUCACAAACCGCCUUGAUUAUGACAUGGAAUGGGACGCCUGCUCUCAGCUCUCCGUUGUGGCAGGACACGAGGAUUAUGGGUAUUGUCAAGCUGGCACCAGCGGAAUCAUCGCUAAUGAUGGUAAUGUUGUUAUUGGCGCACCUGGAGCAAAGACAUGGACAGGGAUGUUAUUUAAGAAGUACGACACAGAAGAAUUAAUCUCAGGGUUGGGUUGGAAGAGAACACCCGUGGAGAAAGGAGAAAACCCACCUGUGCCUUUCUUUUCUUACUUAGGGUUUUCAGCGGCUGCUGGCCGAUUCAGUGGAGCUCAGAUGUACUACGCAGCCGGUGCACCUCGUGCUAAUGAGAUUGGUCAGGUCGUCAUGUUUACAGCCAAAACCAACAACGGAGAGUUUCAGUACAUCCCAGAGAAUGUCAUCAAGGGCUCUGUGUUCGGCUCUAUGUUUGGCUACGAUAUCAUCGCCCUCGAUAUUAACCAGGAUGGAUUUGAUGACUUAGUGGUUGGAGCACCAUUUUACUUUGUGAAGAAGAAGAAUGUGGGUGGAGCUAUUUAUGUAUAUAUGGGUGGUCCCCAGGGAAUUGAAAGCAGCACGAUUCCCACAGUGAUUGAGAGUCGGAUGAUGGGAGAGAAGGAGUGUAAGCGAUUGGGCUGUACUUUUGCACGGUUUGGUUUUAGUCUGACCUCAGCUGGUGAUCUCAACAAAGACGGCUAUCUUGACGUUGCUGUGGGAGCUCCUUAUGAAGGGAAUGGCACUGUGUACAUUUUCCAUGGAUCAGAGAAAGGAAUUGUCGAGAAAUAUGCUCAGAGAAUCUCCGCAGACAACAUCACACAGACAAACCUACAGGCUUUCGGAAGUUCUCUUUCUGGAGGAAAAGAUCUUGAUAACAAUGGCUAUCCAGAUCUCGCCAUCGGGGCUUUUGAGUCUGAAAAUGCUGUCGUUCUCAGAGCUCGCCCAGUCAUUACGCUGAAACCCACAAUCCGGGCAUCCCCAAAGAAGAUCAACCCAACGGGUGAGGCAUACUGCCGGCAUGAUGGCUCCAAGAAGCGGUGUAUUGCCAUGGAGGUAUGCCUACAGUUUGAGACAGACUACCCAAACCGAUUCCAGUCUGCCAUACGUGUCAUCUACAAAAUCGAGGCCGAUAAGUUUAUUGGAGCAAUAACGUCGCGAGUGGACUUCAAGUCCCCAACGAAUCCCCAGACCCCAUAUUUUGUGGAAAAAGAAAUGACAAUAGACAAAACGACACCUGCUCCAGGGGAUUGUCAGACAGAGCUUGUUUAUCUUAAGGACGUGUUUUCAGACAAGCUCCGCCCCAUCCAGUUCCGAGUGACAUACCGGUUGCCGGAGCGACAAGUUCCUAGCCUGUCAGCUACUAGCGCUCUCCCAGAUAUAAACAACUAUCCAAUUUUGAAACCUGGUCCAACAAAUGAUCUUCAGGUGGACUUGGUGAAGGAGUGUGGCACGGAUGAAAUCUGUAACAGUGACCUUGACCUUGAUGUUUUGAUUCUGUUAACUCAGGACACUCAGGGUGCUCGACUUCCGAUCCUUAGCGUGGGAAGUCAAGAGGACAUGAAUAUCCGUGUGUCCAUCAGAAACCCUCAGGAACCAGCCUACGAGACAAAGUUCUUCAUCACCAUACCUGAGACCGUUGAGUUCCUGGGAAUGCACGACCCAGAGAACACCCCAGUGACCUGUGCGUAUUAUAAUACAACAAUUGUCGAGUGCCCGAACAUUGGGAAUCCGUUCCUUCAGGAUGCCUCUAUCGACUUCACGAUGCUUUUCAAGACAGAGAAGGUGGAGACAACUCAUGGGAACUUUGUCAUCUUCGCCUUUGUCAACACAACGAGUGAUGAAAUGGACACCCAGAACAAUUAUUACAGACAGGAGGUCAAGGUCACUGCCAGGAUGGACAUGUUUGUCACAGGCUCAGCUCUUCCGGAGCAGGUUGUUUAUUCCGGAUCAAUACGCGGAGAAACGGACAUUGAGUACGAAGACGAGAUCGGACCUGCCGUCAUGCAUGACUACCUGGUGGUGAACAAUGGUCCCAGUGACGUUCCCUACUCUACCUUGUACAUCCUGUGGCCGUAUGAGAUGGAGAGUGACUAUAACUCCGGCAAGCACCUGCUCUACUUGAUGGAGGUCCCCACGGCCACCAAAGGAAUAGCUAAGGACACUGUUACCUGUCAUGUAGACGCGGCCAUUAUCAACCCCAUUGGUGCAAAGACACGAGAAGAUGCUCCACCAGCUGUUCUCGACAGCGAAGAGCCAACCACCCGGAAGAGACGAAGUGCCUCCGAGGAGCCUGGGAUUUCAAAGCGACAAUCGGGCAAUGAGAAGAGCAAGAAAAUUGUCACCCUGGAUUGUGAUCAUGAGUCUGCACGUUGCCGUCGUAUAACGUGUAAUAUCGGAGCUCUUGGCAGAGAGGAGGAUGUCACAAUCACCGUCAAGGCCCGCCUCUGGGAGAGUUCAUUCCUUCAGGAUUACACAAACGUGGAUGAAGUGCGGAUUCGUUCAAAGGGUGAAAUAUCUAUAGACCCCAAACUGAACAUUGAACAAGCCACAAGAGACAAUGAUGUAGACUAUGCACAAACAGUGGCCAUUCCUGAUGUCCAGAUUGCUGAGCCGACUGGCGAGCUGAAAUGGUGGAUCAUCCUGGUGGCAGUGCUGGGAGGAAUCAUUCUGUUGGGCCUUUUGAUCCUGUUACUCUGGAAGCUUGGAUUUUUCAAGAGAAAGAAGCAUGAAGAGAUGGAAUUACACGAAGCUCACCUGGAAAAACAGAAGAACCAUGAAACUGAUGCAUAAAGUCGUCCACAUUUCCACAAAUUGUCAUGUGAUAUUUGCACAGAUGAGUUGCCUUAUUAGCAGCAACAACGCAAUACAAGCUUCUCACCGACCCCUUGCCAACAGGAGGAGUGGCUGUGCUGUGACCAGUACCUUUCCAGGCAACCAUUGGACAUGUGGCUUGUUCUUCAGAGGGAUGGGGAUGGGGGGAGGGAUUAGAAUGUUGGUUUGUAGUGGAACAAAACCAUCUUGUUCAUCUUGACGUUUUGGCCAUCAGACGUGUUCCGUCGUUAUCUCUCAUUGAUGCUCUGUCACUUAUCUUCAUAUAGUUCCUGUUUUUUUUUCUUCUUUUUUUUUUCUCAGUGCUGUCACAUUUAUUCCAUUU